AUGAAGUUCGACGAACUCCUCUUUUCCCAUAUUGGGGAAAUGGGAAAAUACCAAAAAAGGCAGUUUCUGUUGGUAUGUCUCCCAACUAUAAUAGUGUCCAUGCAUGCUUUGAGUUGGACAUUUGCUGCGGUUCAAGUUCCGUUCAGAUGUUCUCUUGAUAACGAGACCAGCUCAUCUAGCUACCUCACCGACGCUCUUAACAUUACUAAAUGUACGAAGUAUGAUGAGCCAGUAUCUAUUGAAGAUAAAUACAAAGAUGGUGUUGAGUGUUUUUACGAGAAUAACCAAUGCGAAACAACAGAUGGGCAAUGUAAUAAUUUUUUGUAUUAUCAUGGCAAUGUCAAGUAUAGUGCUGUCGAAAGGUGGGAUAUAGUUUGUUCCAAAGGAUGGAUCAAAGCUUUCAUCCAAUCAGCUUAUUAUGUAGGACAAAUGGCAGGUUCAAUGAUCUUCGGAGUUCUUGGUGAUAAAAUUGGUAGAAAAAAAGUUUUCUUCCUGGCUAUCGUAAUUCAGAUCACAUGUGGAUUAGGUGUGGCUAUUGCUCCUACCUGGUGGAUUUAUGCUGUUUUCAGAGCAGGAACUGGAUUCUCUCACCCUGGUAUUUUUGUUAUUGCUGUAGUUAUUGGCAUGGAAUUAGUGGGGCCUCGUUAUAGAAAACUAGCCUCGGUUAUUACUGGAGCUUUCUUUGCAUUGGGACAAGUUCUAUUAGGCUUCGAAGCUUGGUAUGUGACUGACUAUCGGUGGUUGCAUCUACUAGUAGCUUCUCCUGCUUUACUCUUUUUGAGCUAUUGGUGGUUAGUACCAGAAAGCGCAAGAUGGUUAGUGUCUCAAAGACGUUUCGAUGAUGCCGACAAGGUUCUUCAAAAAGCCGCUAAAACUAAUGGAGUGACUAUGCCUGAAAACUGGUGGGAGUUACUUGAUGAAGAUACUGCCGCCGCUAAAGGAAAUUAUGGAAUGAUGGAUUUGUUCAAAUAUCCCAACCUUCGUCGUAGAACUAUAGUAGCUUUCUAUUUAUGGCCUGUUGUAUCAAUGGUAUAUUAUGGUUUAGCUAUGAAAGCUAAUGUGCUCGGAGGAGAUAUAUACAUCAAUUUCAUCUUUUCUGCUUUAAUAGAAAUUCCAGCUUUGGUAGUUGUUUAUUUGCUCAUUGACAGACUUGGUCGUCGUAUCUUGUUGAGCGGAGGAUUCUUCAUUGCAGGGACUGUUUUAAUAAUUAACUACUUACUAGGAGAUAUUUCUACUCCUUUCCUCGCGAUCAUGCAAAUGAUGAUUUCAAAAGGAGCUAUUACCGCUACAUAUGCCUCACUAUAUACUUAUUCUCCUGAACUUUUCCCGACAAUUAUCAGAAACACAGCCAUGGGAUGUUGUAGUACUAUUGCAAGGAUUGGUGCUAUCGCUGCUAGUUUUAUAGCCAUGUGGAUUGUAGAAAGAUAUGGAAAAGUUUACAUGAUCGUACCUUUUGGCACUCUUUCUAUCAUCGCGGGAUUACUCACAGUCACUUUGUUACCAGAAACAAUGGGCAAGCCAUUACCAGAAUCAAUCGCUCAGAUAGAAGAAAGUGCAACUGAAACUGAGAUGCAACGGCUACCAACUAAACCAGAUGAAGCUUAA